GAAAGAUGAGGUUCGAAGAUUCGGAGAUAUAUCGCAUGCUGGUGUCUGGUCCCGACCAUGAGGAGAUCACCGCAGACCACCUCGAUAGAUCCGACACAACGCAGUGCGCCGCGGCAGCCAAAGUCCGCGCCGUGACCGGGUGGGUGGACUGUGGGUGGAUAGGAUGGGAUGGUGGGAUGGGCGGCGAGGAGGAAAUGGGGAGAGAGGACCACAUAGAUCCAUCCAUCCGUCAUCUCUGGCUAGAUCUCUCUUGUGCGUGUCACACAGGAGCGAGAUGGCGGGGAAUCACGCGGGGCAGGCCAACGAGGCGCUCUUCAACAGCCCCUUUGGCUUCGAUGUGAGCAACGACGGCAGCAUCUGGGUCGCAGACACCGAGAACCACUGCGUCAAGACCAUCUCGCCCAACCUCUCUGUGGUACGCAGGCACACCAUAGAGGGGCUGGUGGUGGAUGGGUAGAUGGGUGAGUGGGUGGAUGACUAUGCGAUGGAUGGCAUUGCUUGUGUGGUUGCCCGCAGGUUGUGACGGUGGCCACUGCGGCUGGCGGGCUGAAGUCGCCAACGGGUGUGGCAGUCUGCCGGGCCACCAAGUGCUGCUACGUGGCCGACGUGCAGACGCACUGCAUACACCGCAUCCACCAAGAUGGGCAAGGUGCGUUGGUGUGUGUGUGUGUGUGUGUGUAAGGGGAUCUAUUCCAUCGCAGUCAGCCGCUUUGUCCUUUUUGCUUUCAUGAUUUCAGUUGACAUCAUCGCUGGGGAGCGUGACACUGCCGGAUAUCAGGAGAGCGACGGCGGCAACACAAGCAGAUGGGAUAUGCCGUGGGCAGGUUAGCAAGAAUAUAGGCACACCCCACCAAAACCAUGGUGUCGUGUCCCUUUUUUUCGUGCAGUCGCGUUGAGCCCCAGCGGCGACCUGUACGUAGCGGACCGGCAGAACCACCUCAUACGGAAGGUGCUGCUCAGCCGCGGCGUGCCCCCUCCCGCCCCCACCCACUGCACAGCCGACACCGACACCACGUCGAUAGCCACACACCACCACCCAGAAGGACCGGAUGUGGCGGGGAGAGAUGAGGAGGCCAUCGAGACCAUCGCAGGUGAUGGAUGGAUGGAUGGAUGGAAAGGGGGAGGGGGAUGGUGUGUGGGUGCGGCCACGUCCUGUGAUUGGUGUGUGUGUGCGUGUUAGGUGGCGGUUUGGGUAUGGGAAUGGGUGUUGGCGUGAUGGGCGGUGGGGUUGUGGCUCAGUGCGCCACCGAGACCGUAGCCGGCAUACUGGGGCAGCCAGGUGAGUUUGGAGAAGAGAACAAGACAAUCCACCUACAGACACAGACCGCAGUGUGUGUGUCUGGUGUGUGUGUGUGUGGCUAGGUUGUGAGGACGGCGACCCGAGCAAGGCCAAGUUCAACUCGCCCUCGGCGCUUGCCGUCGCGCCGGAUGGGGCCGUCUACGUGUCAGACAUCGGUCGGCACCACACCACACCAUGCACACCACACACCACACACACCUUGCACGCCCACAUCCACACACACGCCAUAUGUGUGUGUGUAUACCAGCGUCUAACCGGAUCCGCAAGAUCAGUGCUGACGGGAGGGAGGUGCUGACGCUGCCCGGCCUCUACAAGGGCGCGCUCGGGCUCGACAUAGACGCGCACGGACGGUAUGUGUCUGGGGGGGCGACACACAUCAACGAUAGACGAGAGUGGCCAUCCAUCCAUCCAUCCAUCCGUCUCAAUGGCUGGAUGUGGCUGCUCCCUCUCUCACCACCCCUCUCUCUCUCUCUGUGUGUGUGUGUGUGUGUGUGUGUCAGUUUGUACAUUGCCAACACGGAGGCCAAGCAGAUCCUCAGAUACGACCCACGCGCAGGACAGGUCCACACACACAACCAUGGCACACCACAUACCCAACACAACAGAGCAGACAAACAGGGAGACAGGGAGGUCGCCCAUACCCCCUCCCCUCCCUGUCUCUUUUCAUUCCCUCAGGUGGACACCGUGUGUGGGGUCGAUUUGGUCAAGCCCACGGGCAUCCGUGUCGACAGCACCUCGGGUGUGCUCUUCAUAGCCGACCUCCACGCCUUCAAGGCCAUCACCGUCACCAAGAGCCUCCCACCCACCCCGCCAACACUCAACAUGGACCUGGCCAACCUGCUCUGCCAAGACGUACGUGACCUGCACACACACACCCAUACUCACGGUAGUUGAAGGGUCUGUUGGGGGGUGUUUGCUGGUCAGGCUGAGGACACGUUCUCUGACGUGACCUUUCUGGCGGAGGGUCGCGAGUUCAUGGCGCACUGCGCCAUCAUAGCGCAGAGGUGCCCCAAGCUCAAAGACGCCAUCAACCACAGUGGUGAGUGAGCGAGGCGGCCGGGCAGUUAGUCCACUUGACGACAUGUGAUCCUCUGUGUGUGUGUGGGUACAUUGGUGCAAUUUGCUGUGUGUGUGUGUAGAUGGCAAGCCAGUGGCCUUAGAGGUGUCGUACAAAUGUUUGGUGUCGGCGCUGUUCUUCCUCUACACCGACCGGUGCAUCGUCGACCAAACCACUCAACACGACCUACUCGCGGUGGGGGCCUGCACUGCAGUGUGUCGGUGGUGUCACACACACACAGACACAGAGAGAGAGAGAGAGGGAAGAAGAGGCUAUUUCUCCAUGCCUGUGUGUCUUUCUGGCUGUGGGACUGUCUGGCUCUCUGCCUGGCUGUGUGGUCAGUUUGCGGACCGUUACGAUGUGUGUCGGCUCAAAUGUUUGGUGGAGGAGUAUAUGCUCAAACGUGUCAACCUGGACAACGUACUCGAGACACUCAGGUACACACACACACACACACAGAGAGAGAGAGAGAGAGACGGCAGCGUGCAUCCAUCCAUCCAUCCAUCCAGAUCCAUCCAUCCACCUCUGUAUGUGUGUGUGGUCAGAACGGCCCACCGUUGCCACGCCGAUCGUCUCAAGAAGGCGUGCAUCAAGAUAGUGAUCCGACACUUCGCCAUCCUGCAGGCAGGUCUUGUGUCUGUCAUCGAUAUGCACACACACACUCACGCCACAUUCACAGCCCACACAAAGGUCGGUGUCUGUCUUUGGUUCUUUCUCUCUGUGUGUGUGCAGGGCAAGAUUCCGAGUAGCGGACUGGCGGAGCUGCCGGAGCUGCUGACAGAGCUCAUCCUCUCCAUGCCCAAGUAGGUAUGUGAAAUGUGAAACGCACUGCACACACACGCCACACACACAUACACACACACCAGCGACACUCCUGCUGUACACCCUCUCGCUCUCUCUCUCUCUCUGUGCGUGUGUGUGUGUGUGUGUUUGUGUGUGUGGUGUGUGUGGUCAGACUCAUCACACCGAAGCUCGGCCGCCCUCUGUCGUCCCUGCAGGCAUCCCCCGCCCCCCACUGCACAGACACACCCCCAUCCAAAGUAGAUACAGACAAGGCCGCCCCCCAUGCCAAGAGUCGCCCCCAAGUGCAGCAGUCGGCCAGCACAUCCACCGCUGGCACAGCCAGUGGGUCGGCGAUGAGCCUGUGGGAGUGGUUCUGCACGCGCAGCGGCAGCGGCAGCGGCAUCGGCAGCGCGGGCGAGGGGGAGGCAUAGCGUGUAGUCUUAUGAAUGAACGAUAUAGCUGGCGGAUGGAGGGAUGGAGGGCUGCCUGCCUGCAGAGGGGCCGAAGUCAGUUAGCUCUUGUCGGUGUUAUGCAGACGAGACGACAGAGAUGACAUGUGGUUGCUGGAGAGAAAGAUGCUUCUUCCUUUGCACGGGAUGGAUGGAUGGAUUGCAUCUUGAUCCAGGCCUCUGAUUAGUGUGCGGUGUGCGUGUGCGUGUGUGUGAAUGUGUGUAG